AGCAAUUACGAAGACCUGACUGAGCUCGAAGAGGACCCCGACUACAGCUCUCCAGAACAUCAUAUAGAAACCGCAACUCAUUGCUACAUCCCUGGUUCAGAAGUGCCUGCUCUACCAAGACCUCCUUGGUUCCCCUGCCUCUGAUGAGCAGAGAAGAUGCCUGGCCUGAGGAACCGCUCCACCUGGGCCCCCCUGUUGCUCAAGGGCUCCUGUAUCAAGUCCUGUGCCAAUGGCUGCUCUCUGGGAAUCACCUCCCACCUCACCUAUGCCAACACAGACUCAGAGCCUGUGGAAGGUGUGUUUGUGUACCCUCUGGGGGAGAAGGAGGUGGUAGUGGGGUUUGAGGCUGUCAUUGCAGGCAGAGUAGUCAGUGUGCAGAUCCAGAGCCGGGGAAAGAUGGAGGACUGCUGCCUGGACUGCUGUGGGAACUCCAGUCUUGACAUGCAGUGCACCAACAGCAAGGACUGGGGCUGCUGUGGGAGCCCUAACCUGGACAUGCAGUGCACUAACGGGCACCUCAUCCUGGAUGAAGACCUGGAGAGAACCACUUUCAUUGUUGGUACGGGUGUCAUUGGACCAAUGGAGGUAGUUACUAUCAUUAUAAGCACCACUCUGGAGCUCCCCACGCUGGAGAAUGGAGCAAUCCGACUGGUCUACCCUUCAGUGCUCACACCCAUAGUGAGAGGCAGGAUGGUUCCAAACAAGAGCGAGAGCGGGUUGAGGUGGGAUGAACAGAGUCCAACCAGCUGCUUUGGGGGCACCUCUGGCAAACAUGAGAGAUUGAUGGGCCCUCCCCAGUACUGUGCCCAUGGAAUCUUCACCAGUCCAGCAGUCACUCACAUGCCUUACGAGCUCAGCUUCCAGCUGCUGGUGCGGGGGGCGUGUCUGCUUGCAGGUCUGGAGAGCCCCACCCAUGCCCUGCGGGCAGACGCUGACCCCAGUGCCCAGUGCGCCACUGCCACCUACAUCACCCUCGCUGAGGACCACCGCUAUGACCGCCACCUGGAGAUCAUCCUGCACCUGAGUGAACCUCACAGUCCUCUCAUUAUCCUGGAGAGGGGUCGACUCACCUUCCAGGAGUACGAGCAGCACAUCAGUGCCCGUCGCGAUUUCAUUCGCUGUGCCAAGAAAGAGUCAGACUCUGAAAAGAAGCUGGAGUUUGUAAGGAAGCGGUUCCACAAGGACAUUCUGUGUAACCCGGUUCUGAUGCUCAACUUCUGCCCAGACCUGCUGAGUGACCCGGUCGAGCUGCACCGGGCCACCAGGGAGGUGAUCUUCCUCAUCGACCGCAGCGGCAGCAUGAGUGGAGGCAACAUUGACAAGAUCAAGGAAGCUAUGGUGGUGGCCCUCAAGAGUCUGCCUCCAGGGACGCUGCUCAACCUUGUGGGGUUUGGCUCCAGCACAAAGACCCUCUUCACCUCCAGCAAACUCUGCACCGAUGAAACCCUGGUGCUGGCCUACGAGUAUGCCCAGAAGAUGAGGGCCGACAUGGGGGGCACCAAUCUCCUCGGUGCCCUCUCCUGGGUGUACCAGCAGCCCGUGCAACGCAGCAGCCCGCGCCAGGUGUUCAUCAUCACAGAUGGCACGGUCAGCAAUGUUGGCAAAGUGCUCGAGCUUGUGCGGAGGAAUGCCUGUUCGGGCAGGUGUUUUGGGGUGGGCCUGGGCCCACUGGCCUGCAGAAGGCUGCUUCAGGGGGUUGCCAAAAUUACAGGAGGCAUCACAGAGUUCCUUAGUGAGGACGAGAGGUUGCAGCCCAAGCUGAUAAAAUCCUUGAAGAAGGCCUUUGAACCCGUACUUACAGAUGUCCGUAUUGACUGGUAUGUCCCGGAUAACUUGGAGGCACUCCUCUCACCCAAUGAAAUCCCUCCACUGUAUCCUGGAAACUGCCUGAUUGGCUACUGCACCAUCUAUGAUGUAUCUGCAUUCAAAAGUAAGAAGAAUGAGGCAAAGAGCCGCGUCUACAAGGGCCUUUCCCGGGGCUCGAUGGGCUCUGUAUUCGGGCAUUCUCAGGAUGAGCUCUGCGUCCCCUUCGCGGCCGACCUCCUCGAACCCCUGUUGGCCCCGCUGGAGCAGGACGACGUGGAGGAGGCGGUCAGGGAGAUAUCCCGCGAGAUCUCCUCUGAGUUUUCCUGCGCCAGGCCCACAGAUGCCAGCCCCGGCUCCGUGUCCGCAGGAGGAGAGGCGGAGCCGUCCAGCGACGUGCGGCGCAGGAUCCAGAGGGACUCCUACGUGCAGGAGCAGUACGUCCUGACGCGGUGCUCGCUGAGCAGCGAGAGGGGCCUGACCCAGGGCUCCUCUGGCUCGGAAUGCCCGCAGCCCGCCCUGCUGGACACCGUCUCCCUGCCCCAGGGCCUGGAGAGGAUGGCCCCUCCCGAGCAACGCAGGCUGUCACGCUGGGAGUCACCAUGGCAACACGCACAGUCCUCAGAGAGUGCUGAAACUGUGAGUUUCGCUGAGUCAGGAAAGGCAGGCAGGCUGCUGAGCGUGGAGGAGUCCCGCCGCAGACAGAAGGCCCUGGCGCGGUCGGCCAUGGCCAGCCGCAGCUUCUCCUCGCCGCAGGGCGAGCUGGACAUGCACCGGCUGCGGCGGGCGCUGGAGAAGGUGUCCUUCGACCAGGCCGUGGGCGGGCGGCUGGACGAGAGCGACGGGGAGGCCCAGCCCACUCCCCGGGCGGCCCUCUCCCGCCGGAGCCUCACAGACUCCAGCGGUCUCCUGUUCCCCGCCUCUCCCCUGGACUGGGACAGUUUCACUGACCCAGAGUACCUGUUCUCUGCUGCCCCGCCCGAGGAGCCCCACUCGCCCCCUGGCCUGUGCCGCUCUGUCAUCCACGGGGUGCUGUCCGGUAAGCCCGUAUCCUGGGAGGUGACUGUGGAUCUAUCGCCUCUCUGGCUCCCCGAGGGACCCGCCCCAGGGCCGGACGGCUGGGAAGAGAUAGUGCACCACCUGACCGCUCGCUCCGUCAUCCGGGACUUCGAGAACAUGGCGGAGAAGGAGUCCGACAUUGAGCACGGGCCAGCAAAGAGGUACCGCAUUAAAGCCAUCCAGACCAGUAAGGGCUGCAACACAAUCUGUAUGUAUACGGCCUUCGCUGCUGUUGAUGGCAACACCAAAGAGGGUCUCACAGGGUCUGUGGAAGUGCGAAACACAGGGGUACGCUUUGGCGCCAGGCGGAGCUCUCACUCCGGAAGCCGCAGACAGAGGGCGUACUCCACGGGACUGGGGCGCAGGCCAUCCAGCCGGGACUUUGAGGAGUUUGAGGACACCUUCGCAUCAACAGACCGGGAGGACACCCCUGCCUCUCCUUGCAGCCUGACAUCCUGGGACAGCAGGGGGAGCUGGUGCCCCGUCAGCCCGUCGGCCACGUCCGUGAGGUCCCAGCGGUCUAUGGAGAGCCGCUCAGUGGAGACCUUCUUUGGCUCAAGGUUCAGUCUGGGCAAGCUCCGAGGCCCCAGCUCUUCAGGGAAGCAGGCGCCACUGAAGCCGUACUGCCUGUCGGCCGAGGCGGAGAAGCCGUCCGACUGCGAGACCGCCGACUACAUGCAGCUGGUGCGUCUGCAGCUGGCCUCUGGCGCCUUCCUCCUGACGGAGCUGUACUCGGAGUGCCUGCAGAUCCCCCUGGAGAAGCUGAAGAGAGCCUCCCCCUACACCAGCCACCGCAGCAGCCUGAGCCCGCCCUUCCACUGCGGCUCCCCGCACAGCCCCGCCCCCAGCCCCGCCCCCGCCAAGCCCCCCUCGGCCUGCAACCAGGACGCCAAACACAGGGCCCCCUGGCCACGCCCCUGCCAGCAGGACCCCGCCCCCCUGCCCUGCGAGGCCCCGAGCUCGGAGGAGACCUCCCCGGAGCCGGGCGGGGGUCCGGGGCAGGCGGACAGCGGGCGGGGCUCGGAGACGGACGCGUGCGAGGGGUCCCCCGUGGAGCCCCCGGAGCCGGCGGGGGAGCGGCUGGCCCUGCGGGACCUGGAGGGCUCCACCUGGGCCACGGCCGUGGCGCUGGCCUGGCUGGAGCACCGCUGCGCCGGCUUCUUCGUGGAGUGGGAGCUGGUCGCCGCCAAGGCCGACUUCUGGCUGCGCGGGCAGACGCUGCCCGAGGGCGUGGACCUGGCCGGCCUCAAGGGGGCGGCGCGCCAGCUGUUUCUGCUGCUGCGCCACUGGGACGAGAACAUCAAGCUCAACAUGCUGUGCUACAACCCCAAUAACAUGUGAGCGCCAGCCCCUCGCCCCGCUCCUGUCACCAUCGCCCCCAAAGCCUGGACAAUGACUGUGGAGUCCCCAGUAACAAGAAUCUACUUGAAAUUGUGUGUGGGGAAGAGGGAGGUAUGCGCCGAUUUUGGUAGUGACGGCCAGUUACGGUUGAGUAACUGUCAUGUGCCUUGAAACCUGAACCUCUUGACCGUGUUCCUUAUUUUAUUCCACUUCGUUCCAGUUAAAUCUCCAGAGAAUACAAGACCCUGGGAUACAAUGUAGAAGCAAAACCAGUUGGGCAAAGGCAGAGAUUGUUAAAAACUGAGAGGCUGCACUGAUAGGAAACCCUGUGGGGAACACAGACAGGUUGUGUUUUGCGAUUUGUGUCACAUGCAGAAUCUUUCUCAUAUUUUAUGUUGCGCUCACUGUGUGAAAGACAUUCAAUCUGGGGCAAUAAGUUUCAUUCAGUCAUUCGUUCAUUAGCUAGUUAUCUUUGUAAACUGUGUAAAUGAAGCUAUAGCUUGCUAGCUUUCAAAAUAGAAAUGAAAAUGAUUUAUGAUUUAUUAUCGACAGCUAGCUAUAUGUAGAAAAUUAUUUUUGCUGAAAUGCUAAA